AUGGAGAUGCCAGGUAUAAACGACAGCACCGCCCCCGAUAACACGCGAGUCACGGGCCAUUGCCUUGCGGUCUUGGAAGAGCGAGCGGACGAGUAUUGCCCUGGUGGCGACUUGAGCCAAUUCGAAAGUGGUGGCGGAGAGCGGCUUAGCACUCGAGAGUGUGCGCUGGUCUUGCAUCAGGUUGCGCAAGCGCUACUUUAUCUCCAUCAUGAUAUAGGCAAGUACCAAAACAAGCUGGAGGUGGCGCGUGCUCCGUUUGCGACAUCAGGAGAGUGGCACCCAGUCCUGCAUCGCGACAUCAACCUGCGAACAGAACAACAUAGGCUCAUGUCACCACGGCGAACUACCAUAAAAAGCGACAUCUGGGCUCUUGGGGAAACGUUCCAGAGACUCUGCGAUCUUGGUCCCAUCGAGGACGCUGGUAAAGUCUCAACAAAGACAUCGUUGGAAGUGUGCCUCGCCCACCUUGUGCGCAAGUGUCUGAACUCGCACGAUGAACUGCGGCCCAGCAGUGCGCUCAUUGUGGAAGAGCUAGACGCACAUCUGUAUUCGAUUGCACCAGAGUCAGAUGGGAUGCUCUCAAGCGUCAUCACCUCCAUUCUGACAGAGGAUGCCAAGACGAAAUCCAGAGUCAAUGCCUCAAAGCUGGAAGCCGACCUGUUGCUGUGCGCUCGGUUACUCGAGAGCGGACUGGAGCCAGUUGGGUUGGCUUUACAAGCGGGACUCCAGGCUGGUCAAGAUAGUAUCAUAACAGAGACUGGAAUACGUGGCAGACUGCGUGUUGAAGCGCUUUUGAGGAAGCACGCCCCUGAAGCCGUACAUGCUUUCGAAGUUAGCCCAGGAGACAUUUCGUUUCGACCCGUGGCUCGUAACCCUACCCUACAAAUCCCCGAGAAGCUCGAGCGAUUGGAGAGAAAGCAAGACGGCACUGUCGUACAGACAAAGGAGCCGAAAGCCACCGGGACGAGUGAGAAAAUGAAAACCCUUGGUAAAAGAUUCACGCUGAGGUUGGGUGCCAGGAGCGACGUACUUGUGAGCAAAAGGAACGAAGCCACACCAAGUGGUGGAUCGGCUGUCUCGCUCCCCAUCAUAAGAAGGGUGGGCUCGAUGGAAUCUCUUGAGACGAAUGUGGAGGCCAUACCUCAACUCUAUCCGCCACCUCCAGUUGCUCAGCCUGACCCACCGAAAUUGACAAAGCAGGAACCUCCCCCUGAAGAAAAGAAAGAGUCAGCGGAGGCUGAAGACCGGAGCGAGCAGCUUCUUUCGAUCAAAGACUACUAUUCACAAGACAACAUCAAGCGCGACGAUCUCGGUUCAGUGCUCUGGCCAUACCACCCCCGUGCUCAAGACGAGUUCGAGCUCAACCGCGGAGAUAUGAUCAAAGCCCUUAGUAUAUGGGACGAUGGCUGGGGGAUUGGCAUAAGGGUGGACCUCAGAGCACGAGAUUGGAAACCGAGCUGGGAAAGCCCGAGGUCUUUGAUGAAUCAGCAGUCAAGGCAUUUCCACUUGUCUGCGGUUUCCCGUCGAGCCCAGAGAGGUGGCACUGUGAACCUCCUCCAGCAUAAGCCAAUGCAGCUUCGCGACCUCUUUUUCCUGCCUCUGUUCGGCACGUGCUUCUCUCUUCUCAGCGAGUCUCGAGUGGUGACCGCGACCGGCUUCGUGUUGCCUCCGUGA